AAAUUGGGGGAUUUGGUUUUCUGGUUGGGUCAUUGGUCAAAAAAGAAACGCGAUACGCAAAACGCAAACAGGUCAGAGAGAGUACGAUUGGGAAGAAAGAGAAAAAAAAAAAAAAGUCGGCGUGAGUUUCCUAAAUCCUUAUUUCCAAUCGGCCCUCAAUUUCUUCAUCGAUUGUUGUUUUCGGAGCACUAUGAGGUCGGUUUUGUUGGUUUGCUGACUGGUAAUCCGUUUGUUUCGACUACAGGCUUUAAUUUUUUGGGGUUAAGAAAAAUGGAUUUGGUAGCUAGUUGCAAGGAUAAAUUAGCUUAUUUCCGAAUAAAAGAGCUCAAGGAUGUCCUCACUCAAUUAGGUCUUUCAAAGCAAGGGAAGAAGCAGGAUCUUGUUGAUCGGAUUUUAGCCAUCCUCUCUGAUGAACAAGGACACAGCAAAAUGUGGCCCAAGAGAAAUGCUGUUGAUAAGGAACGAGUGGCAAAACUAGUGGAUGACACAUACAGAAAAAUGCAGGUAUCUGGGGCUACUGAUUUAGCAUCAAAGGCACCAGGCGUGUCAGAUAGUAGUAAUGUGAAAGUUAAAGGGGAAAUUGACGAACACUUCCAACCAGAGACAAAGGUUCGAUGUCUUUGUGGGAAUUCAUUGGAUAUAGAGUCAAUAAUUAAGUGUGAGGAUUCUAGGUGCAACGUGUGGCAACAUAUCGGUUGUGUUAUAAUUCCAGAAAAACCUAUGGAAGGCAGCCCCCCAGUCCCCGACAAAUUUUAUUGUGAAAUCUGUCGACUCAGUCGAGCUGACCCAUUUUGGGUUACGAUGGCACAUCCUUUAUAUCCUGUGAAGUUGAUUACAACUAGUAUUCCAACUGAUGGUACGAACCCUGUGCAAAGUAUGGAGAAAACAUUUCAACUCACAAGGGCGGACAAGGACUUACUGUCGAAACAAGAAUAUGAUGUUCAGGCCUGGUGUAUGCUCUUGAAUGACAAAGUUCCAUUUAGGAUGCAGUGGCCACAGUAUGCAGAUCUGCAGGUUAAUGGUAUGCCUGUUCGUACGAUUAAUAGACCUGGCUCCCAACUGCUUGGGGCUAGUGGUCGUGAUGAUGGUCCAAUUAUCACACCAUAUACGAAAGACGGAAUUAAUAAGAUUUGCUUAACAGGAUGUGAUGCUCGCAUUUUCUGCGUAGGUGUUCGAAUUGUAAAGCGCCGCAGUGUUCAGCAGAUCCUCAACUUAAUUCCCAAAGAGUCUGAUGGUGAGCGUCUCGAAGACGCUCUUUCUCGUGUUUGUCGUUGUAUCGGUGGUGGAACUGCUACAGAUAAUGCUGAUAGUGACAGCGAUAUAGAAGUUGUUGCAGAUUAUUUUGGCGUCAAUCUACGUUGUCCUAUGAGUGGUUCAAGAAUGAAGGUCGCAGGAAGAUUCAAACCUUGUGUUCACAUGGGUUGUUUUGAUCUUGAGGUUUUUGUGGAAUUAAAUCAACGUUCUAGAAAGUGGCAAUGCCCCAUUUGUCUCAAGAACUAUGCAUUGGAGAAUAUCAUUAUUGACCCUUAUUUCAAUCGUGUUGCAUCUCUGAUGAGGGGUUGUGGAGAAGAUGCAACGGAAAUUGAGGUGAAGCCUGAUGGUUCUUGGCGUGUAAAGACUAAAAAUGAAACUGAGCGGAGGGAUCUGGGGGAUCUUGCACGGUGGCAUUCUCCUGAUGGUACUCUUUGUGUUUCUGAUAUGGAAGUUAUAUCAAAAAUGGAAGGGAUGAAGCAGAUUAAACGAGAAGGUAUUUCAGAAGGUCAUACUGGUUUGAAACUCGGAAUAAGGAAGAAUUGUAAUGGCUUAUGGGAAGUCAGCAAACCCGAAGAUGUGAAUACGUCUUCUGAUAAUAGAUUACAAGAGAGAUUUGGAAACCAUGAACAGAAAGUUAUUCCAAUGAGCAGCAGUGCCACAGGAAGUGAAGAUCCAAGUGUAAAUCAGGAUCCUGAAGUGAAUUUUGACAUCUCUAACAACAAUGUGAUUGAGAUGGAUUCCAUGUCUCUGAAUGUUGAUUCAGCAUUUGGAUUCGGGCGAAACUCCCCUGCAAAAGUUAUUGUUCUCAGUGACUCGGAGGGAGAGGAUGACAUUUUAGCAUCUUCUGAAACCAUCUAUAAGAAGAACCGAACUGAUGCUGGUGGGAUGACUUUUCCUGGAAUUUCUGAAACAUAUCCAGAAGAUCCUCUUGGAACUGGUGGAUGUAUGAGUCUUUUUAAUGCCAAUGAUGAUGAAUUUGGGAUGCCGCCCCUCUGGCCAUUACAGCCUGGAACUCAUGCAGGACCAGGUUUUCAGCUAUUUAGUUCUGAGGAUGUGCCAGAUAGCCUAGUCAAUUUACACCAUGGUUCUAUGAAUUGUUCCACCUCUAUGAAUGGCUAUACAUUGACUCCAGAGACUGCCAUGGGACCUUCUAACCUAGUCCCAGAUUCUUCGGUUGGUCGUGCUGAUACUGACAUUAAUGAUGGUUUAGUCGAUAAUCCCUUUGCGUUUGCUGCGGAUGAUCCCUCGCUGCAAAUAUUUCUUCCCACAAGGCCUUCAGCUGCAUCAGUAGAGACUGAUAUGAGAGAUCAGGCUGAUGUAUCAAAUGGUGUUCGUACUGAGGAUUGGAUUUCUCUUAGGCUUGGGGGUGGUGCCAGUGGCAGUAAUGGCGAGUCUGCAGCUCCAAAUGGAUUGAAUUCGAGACAGCAAAUUCCACCUGGAGAUGGUGCCUUGGAUUCUUUGGCUGAUACUGAUUAUUCUAGUAGUUUCGGAAAGUUUCUACCAGACAUUUUUCUCAGGAUUUGAAGCCAGUUUUGGAAUCUAGAGACAAGAUGGGUUUUUAUAUUCCUUCAUUUAUUUAUUUGCAUGUGUGUGGUGCCAUAUUUUAGCCUGGAAGUUCCAGGGAAUGAUCCGCUCAUGAAUCUUGAUGUGCGGCAUCAGCAUGUGAAUGCACUGUUUCAGUAAUUUGAUUUUGGAGACACUGAAACCUGGCCUUCUGCAAGUUUUCUGUUUAAUCUCUUCAGAAUUGUAGGGCUGAUUGUUCUUUUCUUCCUGGUGCAGCUUCUUUGCUUCUUGGUAUGAAUGAUGUUAAAUCUGACAAGUCUAGUAGACAAAGAUCAGAAGAUAGCCCUUUCUCGUUUCCUCGCCAAAAACGUUCUAAGCCACGGUUUUAUCUUUCUAUUGACUCCGACUCUGAAUAGAGAAACUGGACCUUUUUAAUAGAUUGAAUUUUUUCUAGGCUUAGAAAACAUAUCUUACAGUGAUCUUAUGAUCCGCAUAAACUCAAGUUCUGUAUUAGUAGUCAAACAAAGUUGAGACAUUUUGGUGCACAUGGAAUGGAAUGGAAGUUUUGAAUUUGGUACCAGGCAUCUACGGCAAACAACACAAGAAAACUGUUAUUACCUAUUGAAAAAUCUCUCCUGGCACCUGCAGAUUUGUUUUCUGAAGUUGGUUUAUUUCGUGCAUUUCUGCUAAAUUCUCAUUGAAGAUCUGCAGGUCCAGUGCUGGUAAAUUGUAUAGCAGAUUGUCAUUUUAUUUUGAACAGUAGGAAUUAAAUCCUUUGGUUUAAAACCUUUGGAUGUAGAAGGGGGAAACCCCUUAAGAAUACAUAUAUCUGUCAUCUUGUCUCUGUUUUAUGAUGAGAGCAAAUAGGCUGUAAAUGUUCAUUCAGAUUCAGUUAUUUAUAGAAAUAAGAAAUCAUCAGAUGGGUGUUCCACGGA